GGUGAGUUCGUUCCUUUUUCUCGAUUAUAUACCUGUAUUCAUUUGUUUCUUGCGUAAUUUUAGUACUUUUAUCGUGUUUUUGUUCAUCCUUUAUCUUUUCGACUCACAUUUCGAGAGUGGCAUCUGAGUCGUUUCACAGCGUAACCAUGCUUACUUUGGCUGUUCCAAGUUUCAUGGAACACAGCCCAGAGGUUUGGUUAAGAUAUUCGAGAUCGAACUGGAAAAUAAGGGCAUUACGGCGGACCGUCCGAGGUACAAUCAGCUCGUCCCACGCCUUCCUUCGUCGGUUGUGACGCUGGUUGAGGACAUUCUACUCUGCCCAUCGAAUGAGGCAAAGUAUGAAACAAUGAAGCAAGCGAUUUUAAAAGAGUUACAGCCCAGCGCACGAGCUCGAUUUGAACAGCUCAAUGGUCUCAAGCUUGGAGAUCGCAAGCCGUCGGCGUUGCUCCGCGAACUUCAGCGCAUCGCUGGUCCCUUAUUCUUGAGCGAAGAAGGGAUAAAGGAGCUGUGGUUUGCACGUCUCCCAGAGCCAUUGCCGGUAUUGCUGUCCAUGUUUAUAGAUACACCCCUGAAAGAAUUAGCUACCAAGGCAGACGCUGCGUUCGAACGUUUUCCGCAGCAGACGACCAGUAGCUCCGGUGACGUAUUCUCACCGAUGAAAACCGAAUCCUAUAUUUGCUCCCAGUCGUCAGACGGAUCUGACCCUAAAGACGAGGAAAUUGCGCUACUUCGCAGCAGGAUAGCAGCACUGAAGGCUUCGAAGCAGCGGGUGCCACGGUCAAAUGCUGACCACGUUUUGGCUACCGUUCAUUGCGGCUCGUCUGUGCCUGCACCGAGUACGUCUCCUUCGGCACGAAAGCGCAACAUUUUCCCUGCACGUUCUCAGUCAGAUAAUACCGAACCCGUCGAAGAAGUAUGUUGGUAUCACCGCCAAUACGGUGGAAGAGCUAGACGUUGUCGGGCUCCCUGCAUUAGGCACGACCCAGCUGCUUCAGGGAAAGCGAAUAGCCCGCAUACUAGCACGACCAACGUAUCCGUCAAUAAUCAAGCAAAUCGCCUGUUUUACGUUAAGGAUCGACGUUCUUCCAUCACGUUCCUCAUCGACACGGGAGCGGAAGUCAGCGUCAUCCCAGCGACCGCUAACGACAAGCACUCAGAGCCUACGUACAAUUUGCGUGCGGCCAACGGUUCUCCGAUAGCUUCAUUCGGUCAGCGCAUGAUGAACCUGGACCUCAAUCUUCGCCGAGAUUUUCAGUGGGUCUUCAUGGUUGCGUCUGUACCCUUCGCAAUUAUCGGUAUCGACUUCCUCCGACAUUUUGGUUGCUUGUUGAUGCUGGUCGCCACAGACUUUUAGACGACCGUACUAAACUAGGGGUUGAAGGCGUUCUUACGGACGCCCCGAUAAUCAGUCCCGUUUUUCGAAUCGCCGAUGUACCGUCAGAUUAUGCGAACCUACUGUCUGAAUAUCCGCGACUGGUACGACCAGCUGCAGAGCUUCCGCCAGUCACGACAGAGGUCGCUCAUCACAUAGUCACGCGUGGUCAGCCAGUUAGCGCACGACCAAGACGGCUUGCUCCUGACAAACUACGGGCAGCACGAGCUGAAUUCGACCACAUGCUUCAGCUCGGUAUCGUCAGACCGUCCAACAGCCCAUGGGCGUCGCCUCUGCACAUGGUCCCGAAGAAGGUCAUGGGGGACUGGCGUCCUUGCGGCGACUAUCGAACCUUGAAUACGGUUACCACGCCUGAUCGCUAUCCGAUCCCACACAUAGUGGAUCUCACCGCCAGUCUGGCAGGUAAAAAUAUCUUCAGCAAAAUCGACUUGGUACGCGCAUACAACCAAAUUCCGGUAGCCGAAGCGGACAUCGCUAAAACUGCCGUGACGACUCCAUUUGGUUUGUUCGAGUUUCUGCGCAUGCCAUUUGGCCUAAAGAACGCCGCGCAAACUUUUCAGCGCUUCAUCGACCAAGUUUGUCGCGGUUUAGACUUCGCUUACGCGUAUCUCGAUGACAUUUUAAUAGCAAGCUCUUCACGAGAAGAGCACAUGCGCCACGUACGAACACUUCUUGAUCGUUUAUCUCAACAUGGGGUGACGAUCAACGCAGAAAAGUGUUCGUUUGGUGUCGAUUCAGUCAACUUCCUCGGCCAUCGUAUCUUCUCUGCAGGCGUCGUGCCACCGCAGGAUAAAAUUCAAGCCAUC